CCUCUUUAAGAGCGGGCCGGGCGCCGGCGGCAUGGGUGCGCGGCAAGCAGAGCGGCUGCGUCGCGCCCGCGCUGCAGACCCGCGGGAGCCGGCAGGGACGUGCAGCGGGACCCCGGACGAGGCCAGGCGGUGGCGGUGGCCAUGGCGGAGGGCACGGAGCUGGAGUGGGCCGUGCAGGCGCUGGUGAAGAACUUCGACAAGUACUCGAGCGGCUGCUGCUGCCGCCGCCGGCCCCGGCGCAUCACCAAGAAGGAUUUCCGCAAGAUGCUGAGCCGCGAGCUCAACCACAUGCUGACGGACACCGGGAACAAGCGGGCGGCCGACAAGCUCAUCUGCGACCUGGAUGAGAACAAGGACGGGCGCAUCAGCUUCGAGGAGUACUGGACCCUGAUCGGCGGCAUCGCCAGCCCCAUCGCCCACAUCAUCCGCCAGCAGGAGCAGGGCACCAAGCACACCAAGUAGCCGGCGGCCCGGGGCGCUGCCCCCGCCGCCGAGCCCCCGCCAGCCCCCGGCUGCCCCUUCCUCCCGCCGCGCCGUCCUCGCCCUCGCGUCGCCCCGCCAGCCCCGUCCGCGGUGCUGCCAGGCACGAGGCACCACGGACACGAGCGUUGUCCGGCCUCAGACCUCCGCGCCGGCCCCGGGCCGCGGCCCCGCGGAGGAAACCCCCCGCUACGGGAUCCCCCUCCGCGGGGGAGCUCAGCCCCUUCCCCCGAAGCACCCGGCCUCCCCGGCCGCGUUAUUUAUUGCAGCAAUAAAGUGCGGAGGAGCAGCGCG